AUGGAUCUGGCAACAGGCGCAAUGGGUUCCCUGCUCCCCAAGUUAAUCGAGCUUCUGAACGAGAAGUACAAGCUGCAGAAGGGCAUCAAGAAAGAUGUCAAGUUGCUGGAGAGAGAGCUGAGGAGCAUGCACGCUGCCCUCAGCAAGGUGUCGGACGUGCCGCGGGACCAGCUUGAUGAGCUGGUAAAGAUCUGGGCUGACAACGUUAGGGAUUUGUCCUACGAUAUGGAGGAUGUCGUUGACAGAUUCCUAGUGCAUGUCAAAGGUUUUGAGUCUGCUGCCAACUCGCAAAAGCUCAAACAGCUCAUGAAGCAGAUGGGAGACUUGCUCACCAAGGGCAAAACUCGAGAUCGGAUAGCCGGUGAGAUCAAAGACAUCAAGGUUCGAGUCAAGGAGGUGGCUGACCGGCGUGACAGGUAUAGAGUUGACAGUGUUGUUGCUAAUUCAGCAGCCACAACUGCCAUUGACCCUCGCUUGUUAGCUCUCUACAAAGAAAAUCAAGAGAUUGUUGGUACCGCAGAGGCAAUGGAUGAGCUAAUCAAGAGGCUCGCUGAUGAAGAUAUUGUGUCCAAACCCCAGCUAAAGAUUCUAUCCAUUUUCGGAUUUGGGGGAUUAGGCAAGACGACCCUUGCGAAAGAAGUGUAUGACAGGCUUCAAGCACAAUAUGCUUGCAAAGCAUUUGUUGUGGUGGGCCGUAAUCCCAACCCAAAGAAAGUUUUCAAGGAUAUUCUCCUUGAACUCGACAAGCAAAGGUACAUGGAUUUCAAUCUAGCCAUGUUGGAUGAAAGGCAGCUCAUCAAUGAACUUAGAGAACAACUCAUGAACAAGAGGUACUUCAUCGUUAUUGACGAUGUAUGGGAUACCAAAACAUGGGGAAUAAUCAGAUGUGCAUUUAUGGAUAAAGAUUUUGGAAGUAGAAUAAUCACAACUACUCGAAUUUUUGAAGUCGCCAGAAAGGCUGGUGAUGUUUACAGGAUAAAACCACUUUCUCCCAAGGAGUCUAAAGAAUUAUUCUAUACAAGAUUAUCUAGUGAUAAAAGGAAAUGCCAUUACGAACAACAAGCUGAGCUAUCUGAGAAAAUUUUAUGUAAAUGUGGUGGUGUACCGUUAGCUAUCAUUACCAUAGCUAGUUUGUUGGCCAGUAAACCAAGGAAUGGUUGGUCUAAGGUGUACAGCUCUAUUGGUUUUGGUUCAGGACAAAAUGAAGAUGUCAAGAACAUGAGAAAGAUACUGUUAUAUGGCUAUUAUGAUAUGCCUUCUUAUCUAAGAACUUGCUUAUUGCAUCUAAGUAUAUACCCAGAGGAUCAGCGGAUAUACAGAGUAGAAUUGAUAUGGAAGUGGGUAGCAAAAGGAUUUGUACACGAGGAACCUGACAUGACACUAUUUGAGGUUGGAGAGAAAUACUUCAACGAGCUUAUUAACAGAAGUAUGAUCCGUCCAUUUCAAGAAGUACACCAUGGUGACGUCAUUGGUUGCUAUGUCCAUGACAUGGUACUUGAUAUGAUAUGUUCCUUGUCAAAAGAAGAAAAUUUUGUUACCAUAUUAGGUAGUGAUGAGCAAUGCAUGUCCUUGCAAGGCAAUGUUCGUAGGUUAGCAAUCCAAAACGGAAUCAUAGAUAAACAGGGCCCUUUGGCUAACACAGGCACUCGACAACUGAGAUCAUUUAAUGCCACUGGAUGCUGCAUCGAUAUGAUGCCUUCACUUACAAAAUUUGAAGUUCUGCGUGUCCUAGAUUUUCAAGGAUGCAAUAAUGUACAUUCUUAUAAUCUGAAGCAUCUUGGGAAGUUACUUCAGUUGAGGUAUCUUGGAGUACGGUGCACUGCUAUAUCUGAACUACCGGAAGAAAUUGGAGAUUUGAAGUUUCUGCAGACACUGGACAUAAGGCAAACUGCAGUAGAAGAGCUGCCGCGGGGCAUUGGUCGACUGAGGCAGCUCAAGCGCAUCAGUAUGGAGCAUGGUUGUGUAAGAGUGCCGGAAUGGAUGGGAAACCUGGCAUCCCUGGAAGACCUAUCUGUGGACAAUGUCAGCGAAUCCCCAAACUUUGUGAAGGAACUGAGCAAGCUGACAGAGCUAAGGAGGCUCAAUAUUUAUAUUGGGGAGUUGGGUGUGGAGGGCUGGAAGUGCAAAGCUUUGGCGGAAUCACUAGAAAAGCUGCAGAAAAUCCAAGUUCUGGGUAUUUGGUCGACCAAGGAGGCCAACUUGGAGACCCAUGUGCCCUCUGGACAACUCCGUGAACUGUUCCUAGCCACUGUAUCCUCCAGGCUGCCGAUGUGGAUCAAUUCAUCGCUUCUUCCAAACCUCACCUAUGUAUGGGUGAGUCUGAAGGAUGUGAAGGAACAAGAUAUUGAGGUUCUUGGGAGGUUCCCGGAGCUUCUCACUAUGCAGCUGAUUAUCAGAAUUUCUGCUGGCGGUGGCUCUGAUCCUCCAUGCGAAUGCAGUGGAGGGUUAUUCCCCAAGUUGAAACACUAUGCCACGCCAGCACCGCUGCUGGCUCUCAAGGGAGCUAUGCCGAGCAUUGAAUCCAUCAGAUUCCAAGUCCAUGUGCGGUCUUUGAAGGAUUCCAAAUUCGACUUUGAUUUCAGUAGCUUAAUGAACCUCCCUUUGCUGGAGAAAGCAGAAGUUAAUAUCAUCUGCACGGGCGCCCACGCACAUGAGGUGGAGGAGGCAGAGGCAGCUUUGACGCAUGCAGUCCAAGUCCAUCCCAACUAUCCAUUCCUUUCUCUCACAAGAUAUGGUCGGUCUGGUGAUUAUUCAGGGAGAUCUAAGGAGGACGAUCCAGAAGAAUUCUGCGAAAAUUCUUACCUCGAGUGUUGCUCCUCGGCCACUCCGCCAUUGCCGCUGCUCCCCAGCCACUCCGCCAUUGCCGCCGCAGUCCAACCCCUUAGCGCCCCCGCCGCGUGCCGCCGCUCUCUUCGCCCUCCUCGAGCCCAUCUCAUCAUACUCGUCGACCCCGUCCACACGCGGGGGGCUGGACACCAGCCGCUGAGCAUAGCGGCCUGUUCAGGUACAGGGAGGGGCAUCGGCAGCCAAAAAUAUGUUCACGGGAUGGAGCUCAUCGGCGGGGGAGCUAGGUCCGGCGGCGGCAAAGCUAGACGUCGCAGCGGCUCCUCCAUCCAGGCAUCCAGCAGGAGUCUUUUUUUCUUUGACAUGUUAUUCAUAUUUUGCAUCCAGCAAGGAGUUGCGGCAGUGGUUGACGGCAAUUUGCCUCAGAAGUCAGAACCAGCUCCGGUGGCCCUAAUGGUGGCCAUCGGGCCGGGUAUUUUUGGGCCAACAGGAAGCACGACUAGAAGCAUCGAAGCCCGGCCCGGCCUGAGACUUUCGGGCUGUGCCAGGCAUGAAGCCCGCAGCAGGCCAGGCCUUUUCCCACUCUAA